AUGAGUCGGGUGAAGAGAAUCGCUAAGGAAUUGGAGGAGUGCCGCCAGGACACCAAGUCCGGGGUCCAGCUCCAGUUAGACAACGAGAACGAUCUCAGCAAGCUCACCGGCUACUUCCAGGGACCCCCCGGCACCCCCUACGAAGGAGGGGUGUUCAAGGUCGACAUCACCAUCCCCAACGAGUACCCGUUCAAGCCGCCGCAAAUGAAGUUCGCCACCAAGAUCUACCACCCCAACAUCUCGCUGGUCACCGGCGCCAUCUGCCUCGACAUCUUAAAAGAUGCGUGGACGCCGGUGCUCACGCUUAAGCUGUCGUUGAUCUCGUUGCAGUCGUUGUUGCAGCUGCCGGAGCCCAACGACCCUCAGGACGCCGAGGUCGCCAAGCACUACUUGAACAACAAGCAAGGGUUUGACGACACCGCGGCGUACUGGACGAAGCUUUACGCCAGCGACAACUUGGGCCCUGCUCCCGUGGCGAUGCUGGACUCCCAGUUGUACGGCAUCGACGACAGCAUCGUCACCCAGUUUGAGAACAUGGGGUUCCCGCGGGACAAGAUCAUCGAGGUGUUGAGACGCAUGGGGGUGAAGAGCUUCAACGGCGUCGGCGACAAGAGCGAGUUGGAGAACAAAAUCCUCGAGGAGUUGUUGAGAGAGUGUUCGUAG